GCAACGACAUCACAAUGUAAUUCAGCAACAAGUCUAUCUGCCUCUAGCAACUUCCCCUGAAAAUUAGUUGGCAACACUGUUUCCUGAUAUGAAAUUGAAAGUCUAUUUGGAGCCUAACGCAUCUACAAAAUGGCUGUUGAAACUGUGGCGCACAUGUCUCGGCAACAUUAGAUGUCUGAUAAACGUAUUGAAAGAAGCCGACUCUGGGCUCAGUGCUCUAAAAAGAGUCUCUCUGUGGAGAAAGAGGAGGGCCCUGCCUCUAAAAUGAGUCUCUCUGGGGAACAUGACACCAAAGCUAAGAGCCCAAUCAAGCAGGAGAGAACAGACAGCUGUGUGUCCAUGAACAGUGACAGGUCUAUGGGACUACCUAUAGACUUCAGAAAGGGAUGUUUAUCUACUGAAAAAAGAAACCAACGGAAGAACGAGAUGAAGAUGUUCAAGAGGAUUCUUAGUCCAGAACUCCCACAAGGCUUUGAGAGUCAUAAACAGGAUAAGGACGUGGUGGACGCUGAAGAUGAGAAGCAGGAGAGCAGUGCCAGAGACACACUGUAUAAAGAUGAGCUUGCUGUGAUUUCCCAACGUGAACUCAAGUCUAAUCUAAAGAAGAAGUUUCAAUGUGUAUUUGAGGGAAUUGCUAAACAAGGAAACCCAACACUUCUCAAUAAGAUCUACACAGAGCCCUACAUGACAGAGGGUGGAAAAGGAGAGGUCAAUAAUGAACAUGAGCUGAGACAGAUUGAGACAACAACCAGGAAACAAGCAAGACAAGAGACUGCAAUCAAAUGUAACGACAUCUUCAAACCCUUAACUGGACAAGACAAACUUAUCAGAACUGUGCUGACAAAGGGAGUCGCUGGCAUUGGAAAAACAGUCUCUGUGCAGAAGUUCAUUCUGGACUGGGCUGAAGGAAAAGCAAAUCAGGAUGUCCAAUUUGUAUUUUCAUUCCCUUUUCGGGAGCUGAAUUUGAUGAAAGAGGAAAACCACACUUUGAUUGAACUUCUCAAUCACUUCUCAAUGGAAACCAAAGAAUCAAGAAUCUCCAACUACGACAAGUACAAAGUCCUGUUCAUCUUUGAUGGUCUGGAUGAGUGCCGACUGCCCCUAGACUUCAAAAAGAACAAGAUGUGUUGUGACGUCACAAAGUCAACCUCAGUGGAUGUUCUGCUGACAAAUCUCAUCAAGGGAAAUCUGCUUCCCUCUGCUCUCCUCUGGAUAACUACCCGACCUGCAGCUGCCAAUAAGAUCCCUUCAGGGUGUGUUGACCAGGUGACAGAGGUACGAGGGUUCAAUGACCAACAGAAGGAAGAAUACUUCAGAAAGCGAUUCAGUGAUGAUGAGGACCUGGCCAGCAGAAUCAUCUCACACAUAAAGACAUCAAGGAGCCUCCACAUCAUGUGCCACAUUCCAGUAUUCUGUUGGAUUUCUGCAACAGUCCUUGAACACAUGCUGAAACAUAAGAGAGAAGAGAUGCCCAAGACUCUGACUGAGAUGUACACACACCUUCUGGAGUUCCAUACCAAACAGAAGAAUGAAAAGUAUCUUGGGAAAGAAGAGACAGGUCCACACUGGAAUAAAGAGAGCAUUCUAUCACUGGGAAAACUGGCUUUUCAACAGCUUGUCAAGGGCAAUCUGAUUUUCUAUCAAGAAGACCUGAAAAGGGCUGGCAUUGAGGCCAAUGAAGCCUCCGUGUACUCAGGAUUGUGCACACAGCUCUUUAAAGAGGAAUGUGGGCUGUACCAGGACAAGGUGUACUGCUUCGUGCAUCUGAGCAUUCAGGAGUUUCUGGCUGCUGUAUAUGUGUUCUUCUCAUUCAUCAACAACAAUGAUAAUCUAAUGGCCAAACCGCAAUCAACAUCCAGGUACUUUUCUGCUCUGUUCGGAGACAAGCCUGAAGUUACUUCCUACAAGAGUGCUGUGGAUAAAGCAUUACAAAGUGAGACGGGAAACCUGGACCUUUUCCUCCGCUUCCUUCUGGGCCUCUCAAUGGAGUCUAAUCAGAAGCACUUACGAGGUCUACUGACAACGUCAAGAAGCAGCUCACAGGGCCAUGAAAAAACAGUCAAGUACAUCAAGGAGAAGAUCAGGGAGAAUCCCUCUCCAGAGAGGUGCAUCAAUCUGUUCCACUGUCUGAAUGAACUGAAUGACCAUUCUCUAGUGGAGGAGAUCCAAAGCUACCUGAGAUCAGGAAGUGUCUCCAGUGAAGAACUGUCACCUGCACAGUGGUCAGCUCUGGUCUUUGUGAUGCUGACUUCAGAAAAAGAGCUGGAUGUGUUUGACCUGAAGAAAUACUCCAGAUCAGAGGAAGGUCUGCUGAGGCUGCUGCCAGUGGUCAAAGCCUCCAGAGUUGCUCUGCUGUCAGGCUGUGGAGUCAAAAAGAAAGGCUGUGCUUCUCUGGUAUCAGCUCUUAUGUCAAACCCCUCACACCUGAGAGAGCUGGAUCUUAGUAACAAUGACCUGAAGGAUUCAGGAGUGAAGCUGCUCUCUGCUGGACUGGGGAAUCCUCACUGUAAACUGGAGACUCUGAGGCUGUCAGGCUGUGGAGUCACAGAGGAAGGCUGUGCUUCUCUGUUCUCAGCUCUGAAGUCAAACCCCUCACACCUGAGAGAGAUGGAUCUGAGUAACAAUGACCUGAAGGAUUCAGGAGUGAAGCUGCUCUCUGCUGGACUGGGGAAUCCACACUGUAAACUGGAGACUCUGAGGCUGUCAGGCUGUCAAGUCACAGAGGAAGGCUGUGCUUCUCUGGUCUCAGCUCUGAAGUCAAACCCCUCGCACCUGAGAGAGCUGGACCUGAGCUACAAUCACCCAGGAGACUCAGGAGUCAGACUGCUCUCUGCUAGACUGGAGGAUCCACACUGCAGACUGGAGAAACUCAAUGUGGAACAUGGUGGAGAGUACACAAUGAAACCUGGGCUUAGAAAAUAUGCCUGUGAUCUCACACUGGACCCAAACACAGUAAACAGACACCUCUCUCUGUCUGAGGAGAACAGAAAGGUGACAUGGAGGAUAGAGGAGCAGCCGUAUCCUGAUCACCCAGAGAGAUUUGACUGGAAACAGGUGCUGUGUAGAGAGGGUCUGACUGGGCGCUGUUACUGGGAGGCAGAGUGGAGUGGGAGAGGGGCUUACAUAGGAGUGACUUAUAAAGGAAUCAGCAGAAAAGGAAGUGGUAAUGACAGUGGGAUUGGAUGGAAUGACAAGUCCUGGAGUCUGUUUUACUCUGUCAAAAGUUUUGUUGCCUGGCACAAUGAUAAUCCCACUACCAUAGACGUCCCAUCCUCCAGCUCCCACAGAGUAGGAGUGUAUCUGGACUGGCCAGCCGGCACUCUGUCCUUCUACAGAGUCUCCUCUGACUCACUGACCCACCUGUACACAUUCUACACCACAUUCACUGAGCCCCUCUAUCCAGGGUUUCAUGUUUGGUUUGAUGCCGCCUCAGUGUCCCUGUGUCAGGUGGUCCCUGUGUCAAACACAACAUGAUGUUUCACUCUAAUCCUGGUCAUGUUCAGGUAGACGCACUGGAGCAACAAUGUAGAAUAGCUCUCUAGUGUGUAAACAUAUGAUUGUAAAUAUUCAUGAAUACACACCAUUGAAGUCAUUCACUAAUAUAAUGAAUCACCACACUGUGUUGUAAAAACUUUUCAUUUAGAAAUCACUGAUCUUGUUAUUGGGCUUCUUGGUAUUUGUAAAUGUUGUUGUCGGUAGAAUGUUUGUCUAAUUCUUUACACAAUAAUCUUGCUUCUGCAUAAACUCAAUUCCACUGAAUGAAAUGUACAUGUGACAGAUUUGACGAAUUAAGGUUAGCAGAUGAAAGAACAGCAGUUCUAAAUGUUUUGUGUUUAAUAAGACAAUAUGACAUUUAAAUAAGUAACACACACACCAGUUUGAGCCAGUUUUUUCCUGUAAAUAAUAACCAUGUUAAACUAUAUGAACACAGAUUUUUUUUUACAUGUUCAGUGUUGGAGUGAUCGUUUACAUUGGACCACAUGACCACAAUAAUGUCACCUGUAGUUGUUUUAAGACGUGUAUCAUACACUGAACAUUUAAAUAAUAUUAUUUAAAAUGGUCAAUACCUUUAUGAAGGUAUUAAAAUACGUAUCAUAUGCCUUGUAAAGUGUCACAACGCAAUUUCUGUGAAAAAAAUCAUGAGUAUUUAAUGUCUGUCUCUCUCUGUCUCUAAUCCCAGUUGUCAGUAAAGAAAACUGUCCAGACGGGAUACAUUUUGAGAUGACAGAGCAGGAUAUCUUAUAAACUCUAAACUGGAGAGGACAGUA